GUAUUGUUUUCUUUGGUUACCACAAGAAAAUUUUCCUUCGAUAUCGAAUCUGUUUCAGGUGUUUGACAUUUGACAGAUAAAGCAAAAAGCUUUGGCAUUUUCAGCGAUAAUUUUCUUUCAGUUCAGUUUCAGUACUCGGGUCAAACAAUAGUUAAUGUAUUCAAAGUUUGCUGCCACGCAUUGAUGUUUUAAUUUAGCUGUAUCAAAAUGAUGCAGCACCAGUAUUGGGUAACUAAAAAGACUGUGUUGAAAAAAUUAGGAACCAAAGAAGACGAGUGUAUAGUUUCAUCCGAUGCCGAGUUAGAUGCGAAAUUGGAGUUGUUUCGAUCAAUAUCAGAUAGUUGUUUGCAAUUACAAAGAGUUUUAGACCAAUAUCAAGAGCGUUUGUGCGUGUUAGCGCAAGAGGAGAACGCUUUAGGGAAGUUUUUGCGGGAUUCAGGUAAGAAUAACGAUGCAGCUGGUAAACACAUGGUGUCGGCUGGCAAGGCGAUAUCGUACUCGGGGCAGCAGCGCCUGUCCGUGAGAGGGCCUUUGUUAAGGUUGUACCAUGAAGUAGAGACGUUCAGAGGGCGCGCAGUGAGCGAUAUGAGGGCGACAGUGUCUGCUAUGGAGAAGGCCCGCAUCGAAUACAGAGCUGCGUUGAGUUGGAUGAAGUCGACGAGUGCGCAGCUGGACCCAGACACGGGCCGCGGACUGGACAACUUCAGGAAGGCUCAGAGACAAGUACGAGAGAGUAAAAAGAUUUUUGAUAAGCUGACACUUGAUGUACUGCAGAAGAUUGAUCUUCUAGCUGCAGCCCGAUGCAACAUGUUCUCCCAUGUGCUAACAAAUUACCAGAGCUCUUUUUUAACCUUUGGCACAAAAGUGUCUCAAACACUCUUGGCCACAGCUGACACAAUGAAUGCUAAGCCUAUGUAUGAGUUCUGUAUACUUAAGGAGUUGUCACAGAACUUGGGGGAGGGGGAUGGAGAACAGAAAUCAGAAGAGUUAGUGCCGCAGGAUAAGGAUCAAAUGCUAUUUUUCCAGGAUGAAUACAAAGAUGACAAUGAUAACAACCAAAAGCCGAAACCCACAGAACCGAACAAGAGUGACCAAAAAGAAGAGGCCAAACCUAACCCUGACAAAGUUGAGGCUCCAACAGAUUACACUAAUCUUAUAGACGUUGUGGAGUCAACUGAAGAAAGCGGUAUCAGUGCUGAUUUGGCCGGGUUGAGGAUGGACUGUGGUGAUGUGGCCAGUAACUUCGGGAUGUUUAUGCCUUCUCAGCUGUUACAGGACAUGACUGCAUCCAGUUUAAUGGAGGAAACCCUCAUACCAGUGAAUCCUAAAAAGAGCCAGCCUCCCGAAUCAGCUGAGCCGAAUGCUUCCAAACCAAAGAUCAGUCAGAAGAAAGAGGACAAAGCCGCAUGGUUCAAGCUCUUUGCAGAACUCGACCCUCUUGCGAACCCAGACAGCCUUUUGGGCUCAAAUAACAACCAGAGUCAUGCAGCUUAAGUAUACUAAUAUCUAGACAAGAUCAUUCCUGACUAACCAAAGGUGCAAGGAAUUUAAUCAGUCGAUCAAAUUUUAUCACAAUCGAUUUAUAUCACAAAUCUCACGCGAUUAACGUCUGUGACACUUUCUCAUCAGAUGCUAUUGUAUGUUGUGUUGUUAUGUAAGAUUUUGUAUGCACGCCCGUGAUAAUGAUAUAUAAUCAAAGAUACGUGAUUAAAUUAUGUAAUUGGUGAUUUAGUACGAAAUAAGGAUGACUUUGUAAAGUAUCUAAGUUUUAAGCAGCUCAAUUGUCGUAAAUUCCAUUAAAAAUUAUUGUGCAAUUCAUUGUUGUCUCAAAAACUUGUAUUUCCGUCAUGUAGAGACUUGACAAUAAGUAUUCUUAAUCAUUAUAUUUUAUUUCUAUUCCAUAUUUAUUCAAAAUUAGCACCGAUGUAUUUGAUUUACGUAGAAGGCGAGGCGGUUUGUUGUGGGAUAGCGUAUUAUUAAUAUUAUUAUCAUAGAUGCAUCGAUUGCAAAUACAUGCCUAACUUGGGUAAUAAGUACUUUGAUAUUUAUUAGUAUAUUUUAGACGUAUCCUAUGCUAAAAAACUAUCAACGAAAUCAUUGUCAUCAAUCCAACGUAAGUAUUUUCUUGUAAUUAUGUAUGUUAUUGUCUUUGUCUAAAAAGUGUCAUAUAAAUUUAGACACAGGCAAUCCAAGUCAUUCUUGGUUCAUUUAUAAUCAUUCCUUUUAGAUCAUAGUUUAAUAUCGUUACAUUUGUAUUUUAGUGUUUAGAUAAGUAAGAUACUGCUCUCUUAUUUUACCAAAGCAAAUAUACAUACAUACUUAGUCACUAAAUUGCGUUUAGCAUGCUUGAAUAACUAAAUAAAAUUUGAUAUAAGGUCAAUAUGGGUUAGUGUGGCUGCGUGACAGGAACCGUGCGCGUUGGAGGGUCUGCCAUCUUGUGGCCUGAAUCGGAACCAUAAACAUGUACAUUUCCACGUCACGUGUUUUCUUGUGCAUAGUAGGUUCUGCCAUCUUGUGGGCUACAUCGGAACAAUAAACAUCACAUUUACGCCUCGCGCCAAAAAUCUGACGGCUCCUGUGCUGCCUCCUACAGUUCAUGCACGCUCCCUACAAGCGUAACUGGGGCCCAUUUCUCGAACGGUAUUAGACUAAUAUUAUUAGUCCACGAACUGUCAAGCAUACUUGACCCAUAGGUUACCAUGGCAACACAAUAAUAAUAUUAGACUAAUACCUUUCGAAGAAAUGGGCCCCUGGCCUGUUCACACAUUGAUUAGUGUUUAUAUGUAAUGUACCUAUGUAUAAACUCGUAAUAAACACUCAUCAGUAUGAAAACAGGCCUCAAUGUGUAGGUCAGCUACACCUUAUUUAAAAUUACAGAUAUUGUGAUUUACUAAAAUACGAUUUCGUGUGACGUCAAACAGAUGAAAUAUAGUUUGCAUAGAUCUAUGUAAAUUAUAUUCUCAACCUUCAAAUACUUCUAGCCAUGAUCUGACGAUGGUUCUGAUACCAAAAUAAUAAGUGUAUUUAUACCGAUAAUUAAACUUUUUGUUUUUAGGAUUUUAAGAUAAAUUAUAUUAAACCAAAUGUUUUACAAAAUUGUAUUCAUGUGUUUUGCACUUCCUUUAUUUUAUUAUAUUAUACAAACAAAAUGUAGGUACUUAAAUAUGAUUAUGAAAUAUAUCAAUAUUUAAUGUUUAAUUUGUCACGUAUUGUGUAAAUGUUACAGCUUUAUUAUUUUUGUUUUGUGAUUUAUCUGAAAAAAAAAAGAAAUUAUAUAUAUCUUAUUAAAGU